GUCGUAUGUAGAUCAUCGGGACAGCGCCGAUUUUUUGCUUUUUUUUAGUGCAGUCGCUCAUUGGGCACUGCGGUGAAAAAUUGGCGGCGUCCUUUUUGGAAGCUUAUGCAUGAUAUGUGACCAAUUAAUUCGAGAUCAUAACCGAAUAACCCAAAAAAUAUUCCCAGGUAUCAUCAUGCUGCAUGCGCCUUGAUAGGUCCGAUAAGUUUCUUACAGGGGCACACAAUGCACCUUUAUAUCAAACUGUUUCAUUAGUUUGUUAGUUUUCUUUCAAUUUUCUCAUCAACCCUGGUUGCAAUCAAAAACCGUAACCAAAGAAAUUGUCAAGAGUCGCAUAAUCUAUUGCGCAGAAUUCAUUGAUAUUCAUAUGAAACGAUCUAGGACUUGGUCGCAAAAAAGUGCGUAUGCCAAUUGUUACCAGGCCUACCAAGCGUGCAAACACAGCAUCUAUAAUGGGCGCUAUCUCCGGUGCAUUUUUGAUUGCAGUCGGCGUGAAAAAAACCAAGACCGGCAAAGAAGAGAAAAGCCGAAUGAUAUAUCAGCUCAAGGGACUGUAACAGGUCAUUACGUUGGUUUUUUAAAGUGACUCUCGAUGAAAUGGAUAAGCACACUACAUAGAAAGAUCAUAUAUAGUCAUGGAUAAUGCACCUAUUCACACUCAUAAAGACAUAAAGAAAUAUAUUGAGUAUCGAGGAUAUAAAUGUGUGUAUCUUCCUACUUGUUCU